CUGGGAGCGGUAGGGGGUUGAAGGGCACAGGAAGCCAUUAACCCCUCCGUGCCCAGCCGGGGGGGCUCUCUGACUGCAGUGGAGCCAGCUCAGGUCGGGGUUAUUGAGGAGUUGCUGGUGGGUUCCUGCUGGAGGGAAAGGGGCAGGAUAUACUGAAGAGGUAGCAACUUCUGGGGAGGUAGGGCUGGAGGGGGCAGGGAAUACCCUGGGUGAGAAAAGGGAGGGGGACAGAGUGUGGAAAACCUGCUGGGACUUGUUUAACGUGGGCCUAGAUUCUAGGAACAAACACUUGGGUGUUGGGGGAGAAAAUUCCCUAAUUUCUGAAACAGGAAACAGACAAACCAACCCCCUGGGCAGGGCUGGGAAAACUGACCAGACUUCCAGUGCUGAACCCUCAGCCUGCUAGCCAGGGGCUGGUGUGACAUGGAAAGAGGGCACCCACCAGGGAGGUGCAGGGAAGAUGUCCCGGCCCCUCACAUCCAGCUGCUGGCAGUGGGGAGAGUGUUGGGUUCCCUACCAUGGGGUUGUAUCAGCCUCUGGCUAGUAGUUGUGUGAUGGAUCUGCAGGCAGAGACAAGGGGUCUCUCUUUGUUCUCUCACCGUGGUGCCCCUGGAUGCUCUCGGCAGUGUGAGGAUAGGACUCUGCCGACUGUUUCUCUCUCAGCGCUUCCAUUUGAUUGGCUGCUUUCCCCCAUGAAUAGUGGGGCUGUGAGUGGGGCAGCAGGUACUGAGUGCAGGGCUCUCGCUCUUUCAUGGGACAGUGACCUUUGAGGAGGUGACUGUGUACUUCACCAGGGAAGAGGGGGCUCUGCUGGACCUCACUCGGAGAGCCCUUUACAGAGACGUCAUGCAGGAGAACUACGAGAAUGUGACCUCGCUGGUAGGGUUUCCAGUUUCCAAGCCUGAUGUGAUCUCCCAGCUGGAACGAGGGGAAGAGCCGUGGGUCCCAGACCUCCAGGGCUCUGAGAAAGAAGUGCUUCCAAGAGUUGCCUUCCCAGGUAGUGAUCUGUGUCUGGAUUCUCUCUGUUUCCCAUCAAGUGAUGGGAUGGUGAGUGAGAAUGAGGAAGAGAAACCCCAUCAGGAAGAUGCUGAGCAAGGAGAAUCACAUGGAACUUUAUCAGGAAGAUCCAAAGGGAAUGUUUCUGGGAUUUGUGCACUCCCAGAAAAAACGAAAGCCUGUGAGACUCAGGGGAGGCCAGAGGGAAACAUUAGUAGCCACUCAGACCUUAUAACAAGCGACAGAAUCAACUUGGAAGAGAGACGCCACACAUGCCAUGAGUGUGGGAAAAGCUUCAAGCGACGCUCAAACCUUAUCAGACAUCAGAGAAGCCACACAGGUGAGAAACCUUACGAAUGCUCUGAGUGUGGGAAAUGCUUCAUGGAUAGUUCAGCCCUCAUCUCACAUCAGCUAAUCCACACAGGAGAAGCGCCCUACACAUGCUCAGAGUGCGGGAAAAGCUUUAGUUGGAGCUCACACCUUAUCGCACAUCGUAGAAUCCACACAGGAGAGAAGCCCUACACAUGCGCUGAGUGUGGGAAAAGCUUUAGUCAGAGCUCUACCCUUAUCGCACAUCGUAGAAUCCACACAGGAGAGACGCCCUACACGUGCUCUGAGUGCGGGAAAAGCUUCAAUCAGAGCACACUCCUUAAGAAACAUCAGAGAAUCCAUACUGGUGAGAGACCUUAUGAAUGCUCUGAGUGUGGGAAAUGGUUCACUGAUAGUUCAACCCUCAUUUCACAUCAGCGAAUCCACACAGGAGAAGCACCCUACACAUGCUCAGAGUGCGGGAAAAUCUUUCAUUGGCGCUCACACCUUAUCACACAUCGUAGAAUCCACACAGGAGAGAAGCCCUACACAUGCGCUGAGUGUGGGAAAAGCUUUAGUCAGAGCUCUACCCUUUUCACACAUCGUAGAAUCCACACAGGAGAGAUGCCCUACACGUGCUCUGAGUGUGGGAAAAGCUUCAAUCGGAGCUCAAACCUUAUGAAACAUCAUAGAAUCCACACUGGUGACAGACCUUAUGGUUACUCAGAGUGUGGGAAAUGCUUCAUGGAUAGUUCAACCCUCAUUUCACAUCAGCAAAUCCACACAGGAGAAGCACCCUACACAUGCUCAGAGUGCGGGAAAAUCUUUCGUUGGCGCUCACACCUUAUCACACAUCGUAGAAUCCACACAGGAGAGAGGCCCUACACAUGCUCUGAGUGUGGGAAAAGCUUUAGUCAGAGCUCUGCUCUUUUCUCACAUCGUAGAAUCCACACAGGAGAGAAGCCCUACACGUGCUCUGAGUGUGGGAAAAGCUUCAAUCAGCGCUCUAGCCUUAUCAACCAUUGGAGAAUCCACACAGGAGAAAGGCCCUACACGUGUUCUGAGUGCGGAAAAAGCUUCAAUUGGAACUCAGACCUUACCAGACAUAGGAAAAUCCACAUAGGUGAGAAACCUUAUGGAUGCUCUGAAUGUGGAAGUUGUUUCUUUAAUCGUUCAGGCCUCAUUGUACAUCAGAGAAUCCACACAGGGAGCCCUACACAUGCUCCGAGUGCAGGAAAAGCUUCAGUCAGCGCUCCGACCUCAUUAGACAUCAGAAAAUCCACAUGUCUUAAACGGAUAGUUAAGAGUUAAUGGAACAGAAGUACUGCCUAUCUCUUGCCUGUAAAGGGUUAACAAGAUCAGUGAGCCGGGCUGUCACCUGACCAGAGGACCAAUCAGGGGAUAGGAUACUUUCAAAUCUUGAAGGAGGGAAGUUUGUGUGUGUGCUGUUAGAAUUUGGUUGUUCUCUCUGGGUUCUGAGAGUGACCAGACGUGCAACCAGGUUUCUCUCCAAUCUCCCUGAUACAGAUUCUUAUAGAUUCAAAAUAGUAAGUACUAGGUGGUAAGGCGAGUUAGGCUUAUGUUUGUUUUCUUUAUUUGCAAAUGUGUAUUUGGCUGGGAGGAGUUCAAAUGGGUAUUUGUCUGGAAGGAGUUCAAAUUUGUAUUUUGCUGAAAGGAUUUUAAUUUGUACUUGUAUACUUAGGCUGGGAGAGUAUUCCCAGUGUCUAUAGCUGAAAGACCCUGUAACAUAUUCCAUCUUAAAUUUACAAAGAUCAUUUUUAUUGUUUUUCCUUCUUUAAUUAAAAACUUUUAUUGUUUAAGAA